AUGAAAUUAUUAUUAUUCAUACUUGUUUUUAUAUUACUGUUUCAACCAGGAGAGCUGAAAAAUCAAAGAAAGUAAGAGAAGAUUUACUUUUUGGAAAAAACAUUUUUUUAAUAAAAAAAUUCAGACAUGCGGUAAUGCUAACCGAAAAUGGAAAUAUAUUUUUUCAAGCUGGUCUUGAGGGAAACAUAUCAUUUAUACCGCAUGGCGGAAGUAUUUUCAUCGGAAAAACUGAUUUGUUAAAUUUACCACCAAUCGUAAGACACAACUAAAUUUUUCAAAAAAAAUCACAACAAAAAAUUUCAGGAAGAGUUCGAAGAGCAAGGAAAACGAAUUGAAGCACUUGAAAGAUAUUAUAAAUUUUUGAACGAAUUUGAUCUUUCUGGACAAUUCAGAAUACUCGAAGGAAAGGCUGAAUUUUUGAAAAAACAUGUAGGAUUCUCCCAAAUUUUCAGCAAAAAAAUCAAAAAUUUUCAGAACAAACACAUAGAAGAAUCUCUCCCUGAACUCACUGAAUAUAUGGAAGAAUCUUUGAAAGAGGAUGCUGACAUCGAGAGAGAACUUUUGGAGUUGGACAAGCAAAUAACGUAAUUUUUUUAGAAAUUUUUUUUUCAGAAUUUAAAUUGAAAAAAAAACGUUGUUUCAGGAGAAUUGAGAACAUUGUGAAUAAAGAUUAUUGUGAAGAGGAUAGACCGUGUAAAAAUGGAGCAACUUGUGUGCCAAAUGGUAUUUUAAAAUAUGUUUGCUUGUGUUUGAAAGGAUUUGAGGUAAGUUCAAAGCCUACUGGAAUUCUUGGAUUUUUUUUGAGAAUUUCAGAAAAAUUAAAGCUCAACAUUUCCAGGGAGAAAACUGUGAGAGUGACAUCAACGAAUGUGAUUUCAUCAAAAACACUGAUCUAGAAUGUCAAAAUAAUGGAACUUGUGUGAACACACCUGGAUCUUAUCAGUUAGUUUCAAUUUUCCAAAAACAUAAAUAUUCACUGUUUUUCAGGUGUAACUGCGCUGACAAUUUCUUCGGACCAUUAUGCAAUUCAACAGCCCCAAUUUGUUCUCCUUCUUCAAAUCUUUGUGGUCCAAAUGGUUAUUGCAUUGAAAAAGCUGACUUGAAAUCGUAUACUUGUAGUUGUGAUCAUGGUUAUCGGAAAACUGAAGAUAUCAGAAAUCCAACUUGUGUUGAUGUGAAUGAAUGUUCGAGUAAUCCGUGUAGUCCAGGGAUCGAGUGUGUGAAUAUUCCAGGAUCAUAUUUUUGUCAUGGAUGUCCGAUUGGAUUCAAAAGUGGGUUCACAAAUCUAGAUCAGGGCUAAUUUAGAAAUUUGUAAUAUAUUUAAAUUUUGAAUGCGGUGUCCAAACUAAAAAAAAUAAAAACAAAAAAUGCGAAAAUAUAUCGUCCAAAGUCUAGCUGUCUGCGUCUCACGAAUAUACACACUGUUUAUCUGUUUCGUGUCUGCGUCUCUCGAAUAUACACAUUAUUUCUCUGUUAUAUAAGGCGAGCUUUGGACGAUAUAUUCUCGCCUUUUUUGCUUUAUUUUUUACAUUGAACAUCGCAGAAUGUUCGAAUAAAUUAUGAUUUUUUAGUGAGUGAGAAUGGCUGUGUUGACAUCGAUGAAUGCAAAACCCGCCACAAUCCCUGCGAUCCUCUAGUCGAAUGUCGCAACUUGAUCGGAUCAUAUGAAUGUUCACCAUGCCCGAUUGGAUAUUCUGGUGAUAGUCGCAGAAGAUGCUCGAAAAUUGACCCAUGUUUCAAUAAUAAUUGUCCAGAAUCAGCAAAAUGUAUAACCAGUGAUCAUAUUUUGAAUCCAGAUGGCUAUGUUUGUGUGUGCCCUCGGGGAUAUUAUGGGGAGCGCAGAGAGAAUUCGACAAUUUUAGGAGAAUGUGUGAAAUCAAGCAAUUAUGCGUGUGAAAAUGAACCUUGUGCAAAUGGUGCAAGUUGUUAUGUGAGAAAUUUCAAGUUACCCCAAAUCUAUUUUUUUUAAAAACCUUUUUUUUUUCAGUCUUAUCCAAAUGACACAUAUUCUUGCGUUUGUGUUCCUGGUUACAUUGGAAAAAAUUGCGAAAAAAUUUCACCCUGUUAUCUCAAUUCAAAAUGUGGAAAUAACGGCGAUUGUAAAGUGAUCGAUGAUGACAAUUUCAUUUGUCAAUGUCAUAAUUUCUUCUUCGGAGAAUAUUGUGAAUAUCAGGAAGAUUCUUUCGAUCAUCACAUAACAGAUCUAAAUGGAAGAUAUUCGUUCAAUAUUUAUAUUCCACCUGGAUCUCGUAAACAAGUCAGAAAUUUGUAUUUUGAUGCUUAUCACAGUGAUAAGAUGCUUCAUGUGCAAUUCAUAACGUUUUAUGGAUUUGAUAUGAUGGAACAUGGAGCAACAAAUUGCACCAAGACAUUGGGAAAUUUGACGGUUUUUGAUGGUCCGAGAGAUGGAUAUACUCAAAUUGCCGUUUUUUGUGGUGAUCGAGAAGGGCCAAAGGUUUGAGAGAAAAAUUAAUUGGGUUGAGCAGUUUGAAUUUCAGGGGCCUGAAUCUGAGCCAAUUUUAUUCACAACAUCUUUGGGAUUGAUUAGAUUUGAAGGUGUUAGUGGAAAUUAUUCAAUCAGAUAUUGGGUUAAAGAAAGAGGUGACGAUAGACUCCAGUUACAAAAAUCAAGCUAAAAGGAUUUUUUUUCAGAGUGUGGUUUCCGUUCAACAAGACCUUUUGGAGAACUCAUUAUCCCAGAUUAUAAUACAACUAAAAAUUGUAAAUGGACAAUCACAGCUCCUUCAUCUAAAGUUAUAGAAAUAUCAGUUCCGAAUUACGAAUUCUAUGCAUCUCGGUGUAUACAAAAUCAACUGAAAAUUUUUGAAAACUUUAAAUAUGAUGAGUAUUCAAGAAUCUUGUUGGAGUGUCAAAAACUUGAUGCAUAUAAGUAUCGAUCUACUGGACCAAUUGUGAAUGUUGUAUUUGUGGUCCCUAGAAAACCAGAUAAAUUAGUGACUGGUUUCUCAAUUAGUUAUAGAAUUGUUGAACCGGAAACACGAUGUGGCUUCGAUAUUUUCAAUGAUAAACAUGAUCCAAGUUUUUCUGGAAUUAUCAAAUAUCCCGAUUUCAAUGGUUUAUAUCCUCCUCUUACAACUUGCACUUGGAGAAUUGGAAGUGCUGGGAAAAAUGAGAUGAGAAGUGAUUUCUCAUUGAAGCUCACUGUGGUAUCUGUGGAUAUUCCAUCGGAACAAAUAGGGGAUUCGGUUGGCGAAAUGUGUACAACAGAUUAUCUUCGAAUUUAUCCUGAUGAUCCAAAAUAUAUGAGUGAAUUUUGUGAUCUAAUUACACCAUUUGAGCAGCGUGACAUUGGCCAUAAUAUUAUGCUUCAAUUUCAUUCCGAUGAGACAAUUCAAGGAAAAGGAUUUGAAAUUGAAUAUGAAGUCAACUGCGGGAAAACAAUUGUUGUUCCUAACGCUUUUAGAAGUUUUAAUUAUCCGUUUGGUGGAAAUACUGGAUCUUGCAGUUAUUCUAUAUCUGGUUUUUAUAGACAACCUUUUGUGAUGAUUAUGUGAGUUUCAAAAACAUUACUGGAUGAUUCAAAACCUGUGAAUACAUAUUUAAUAUCAUAAGUUAGCCUAACUUUUUAAUUUCAAAGUCUCUCGUUGUCGAAUCCCUCUUCGCCAGAAGAACAAUGAUUUACUAUUAUUGUCUUGCCGUAGAAAAAAAAAAUCAAAAAAAAUUUUUUUUUGACUCGCUCGCAGACAAAAACAUUCAAAAGUUUUAAGUUAUCCUAACUGUCUAACCCCUCCUCACCCUGCACACUAUUUCUCUAAUGUUCACCUGCAAAGCUAGAGGAAAAAAUAUUUUUUUUGAAAAAUUAUUGCGAAAUUCUUGAAUUGAAUGAAAAUUAUAAAUUUUUUUCAGUUUCAAAGACAUUCGCCUGGAUAUUUUAUCAAAUGAAGAUUGUCUUUCUUCCAAUGAACACAGUGAUUAUCCAAACUAUGUUGAAAUCGAUGGUCAUAAAUAUUUUUGUGAAAAAGAUCUCUUCAAAACCGGAAAUACAAUGUAUAUCAAUUCUCAUACAUCAAUAAAUGUGGUUUCCGAUGGCAAUCCAGAUUUUAAAGGAAUUUCCGUGGAAGUUCGUGAAACUGAUGACGGUAAAUCAUGCAGCAUUUUUUAAAAAUAUCUAAUAAGGAAUUUUUAGGUUGUGGUGGUCAUUUCAGUGGUCCCGGUCAUUUUGCCACUCCAAAUUUUCCAGAAAAAUAUGGAAAAUCAAAAAAAUGUGUCUUUGUUAUACAACCAAUAAAUAAUCAGCGAUUAUCGAUUGAAUUCAAGACUUUUGAUGUUGGUGUGAAAACUGGAGAGAAAUGUUUGGGAGAUCGUUUGGAGCUGCUAGAUUUUCAUUCAACGAUUCCAUUUAUAUCGUUGUGCGGCUAUGAAAUUCCUGAAAGACUUGAGAUUGAUGAAAAAAGAAAAUUUGUUUUCACGGCGAAUGAUCAAACAAAUAUGACUUCGAAGGGUUUUAUAGCAGAGUGAGAAGUUUGAAAAAAAUUCGAAUAGACAACUUUUAAAAGCAAUAAAUUUGCUCGAUUUUUUCGUUUCUUUAAGUUACUUGUUUUCGACAAAAAAAAACAAAAAAUAAAAAUAAAACAACGAUACUCCGCGUGACCCUGCGCUCACACAAUCCCGGCAAUUUUUUUAUUAUUUUCAAACGAGGGUUUUUUAUUUUUUAUUUUUUUUAAUUGAAAAAAAAACUGUUUUUGCAGAUAUUUUGAAAAUACAUUAAAAAAAAACUGAUAUUUAGCCUCUUUGAGCCGUAACUUUUUCUUUAAAAAACCAAAAAAAAACCAUGUUUUUUUCAGAAUCACCAUCAUCCAAUCACCAACUGUGAUUCAAGAAUUCAACCAUACACUUUCCUCUGGAUCUAUUGACUUCAGAAACACCGCUAACCAGCACAUUCAACAAAUUCAUCACAUCAAGGUUCAAACCGGUUUUCAAAUAAUUUUCAGACUUGAUUUCAAUAUAGUCACCUGCAAAUCAUUCACAUUAUUCAUCAUCGAUGAUCAAGAUUCUUCAAUUUUGUACAAAUCCGAAUGUGAAAGUUCAAAUCUACCAGUUGUUUAUUCAUCCGGAAAUAUUGCUACUGUUAACAUUUCAAUUAAUGGCGAUGGUGUUACAAGGCUUUCAUAUCAACAGUAUUUGGGAAAUUGUGGGGAGAUUCAUGGAUAUCGAGGAGCAAUCUCAACACCGAGAUAUCCAAAUAUUCCCGAAGGACAGUGUCAGUGGGAUAUUUCAGUUGCUGAUGGUAAUCGUGUUAAAGUUAAUGUGAUUUUCGAAGUGAAAUGUUCAAAUGAAGGACCAUUUUUAGAUGUGUGUAUACAUUUUACAGUACAGUUUUUUGAAAAAUAUAUUUUUCAGUUUAUCGAAACAACCUUCGAUGAAAAAUGGUCGCAUGCAACAUAUUGUGCAGAUUCUAUUCCACAUCCAUCAACAACUUCAAUCAAAUCUAAUCAUCUUCAAUUGAAAUACAGACCAAACAAAAAGAAGAGUGAACUGAAUUCAGCAUUUCUUGUUUAUUAUGAAACAAAUUGUCAAAAUGUGGAAUUAAUUGAAAGUUUCGGGUCAAUUCAAUCUCCAGGAUAUCCUGAUGAAGAAAUUGACAAUCAAAGUUGUGAUUGGAGAAUUAGAGUGCCGCUUGGGAAUCGGAUUGAAGUUCAUGUUCAGGAAUUUGUUAUGGAUGGUUGUAGGCUGAGUUAUUUAGAGGUAAGAUUUGGAAAAUUGAAAAAUGAUGUUUUUGAGUCAAAGAGAAAACAAAUUUUCAGGUUUCUGGAAUGUCUCAUGCCAUCCUCGAUGAUUGUUCAAAUGAAACAAAUAUUUCAAAAUUCUGUGAUUCAACAAAACCGAAAAUAAUCCUCUCCACUUCCAAUGUGCUCAAUAUAACUUAUCAAACAGCAUAUGAAACAUCAAAUCGUUUUUGGAUAAAAUAUUCGACAAUUGGAUGUGUUGAAAAUAUUUAUAAUUCAAGAGAUAUCAUAAUCAAGUUGGAUGAUGUAAACAGUGAUGAAUUUGAAUGUCAAUAUUGGAUUCAUACCGAACCUGGAAAGAAGAUUCUUGUCACCAUUAAUGAAUUCAAUUAUAAGCCAGAAGAUGAAAAUUGUAUUUAUCGACCUGAUAGGAGUUCAGAUUAUAAAGGUUUUGUGUGGUUCCAAGAGAUCUCAAAAAUCCCAGAAGUUCAAUUAUGUGAACCAGUUUCGAAUUAUACAUUUGAAUCACAUAUGGAUAAAAUAUUUUUGAAAAUGAGGUUGAGCAAAACUCAUAUCAAAGGAUCUACAGUUUUAAAUGCCACUGUUAGAAUUGUUGAUGAAGUCGAGAAUGAUCCUUGCAAUGCGGUUGUAAAAAUCACCGAUUAUUUGGAGCAUCGUGUAACAAGUCCAAAUUAUCCUCAUCUUUUCCCACCUGGUAUUCAUUGUACUUGGAAGUAUAUGGUUGAUGAAGGAUAUCAUUUGGAAAUCAUUUUUGAAGAAUUGAACACUCUAAACACUUCUGAUCUUCGUGGUAAUGAUUGUGCUGCAGAAUUGAUGGGAGAAAUUGAUUUGUAUAAAGAUUCUGACAAGUGAGUUUUAGUAAAAAAAAUCUUUAUUUAAAAAAAAUAAUUUUUCAGAUCCCUUUCAAAUCGAAUAUCAUCAACAUGCCAAUUCGAAGUUGAUGAACCUUACGCGAUUCUUUCGAAUACUUCGAUCUUAAAAUUUUCCAAUGAGAUUUCAAUAAAUCCACUAAUCAAUGAAACAGUGGGAUUCGUGGCGAGUUUUAGAAGAAUAUGUGGAGGAAUUUUUGAAAGCAAGGGUUUCAAUUCAAGAUUUUCUGUCCAUCUUGAUGAUACAUGUAUUAUAACAUUCAAGAAUUCAGAUGAAUCAGGUUAGAAUUUUUGAAAACUCUAAUAUGUAUUUCAUAAUUUUUUGCAGCGGGCUCAAUGAUCUAUGCGAAACUCGAAUCAAUAUCUUUCCACAAAGGCCAAUACUACUAUGUGAUUGACAGUGGCCCAAAAGAAUCGAUCGAUUUUCUGCGUGAUGGUCCUUGGGAAUUCAAAGCACAUAGAUAUAUUGCUUUUCAUUUUUUGGAGAAUUCGGGGAAAAUACUCACAUUCACAUUUGGGCCAGAAAAAACAAGUUAGUUUUGAAUUUUGAAUAAUCCAAUAAUAUUCCUAGGUUGUGGUGGUGAACUGCUUGAUCAACAAAGCAUUGUUGAGAUCUUAUCCAAAGAUCAUCCAAAAUCAAAAGCUCUUCAUUGCACUUGGGAUAUCAAUAGUAGCCCUGGAAAUCAUAUUGAACUCAAUUUGAAGUACGUUGACCUACCUUUUUAUUAAAAUAUAAAAAAAAUAUAUUGCAGUUUACAUCAAAAUCCAACUGCCCUCGUGAAUUGUAGUGAUAAUAAUUACAUCGAAAUUUAUGACAAGACAUCGAAUAAGAUUCUUCCGAUAUCUUGUGAUUCCAAACAAAAAUUCGAAGCUGAAAGUUUGAAAGUCACUUUGCGGUAUAUUCCCGAUGAAUUUUCAAAUGGUCCGAAUAUCCGUUUUGAUUAUGAGAAAGUUGGAGGAGGUGAGACGAAUUCGAGAAUUAUUAGCCCGCCUAUACCAAGAUCAAAUGAUGAGAAGGAAUAUGAAUGGGUUGUUCGAGUUGAUGAUGAGAAAAUGGUAAGUUUAUAGUAGCAACUAAAACAUUUUUAAUAAAAACCUCCCAUUCAGAACGGAAUCCUGAUCAAAGUCUCAAAUUCAUAUUUUGCCAAAAACUCCAAGCUCGAAUUCUCCGAAGUUUUCGACAAUGGCGAAAAUGGCUCUCCAGACUAUAUGUUCAAUCAUAAAAAUCAGCAAGAUCAAGAGUUUAUUCUAACAUAUCUCAAUGUGAAAAUUCGAGCGAGAAUCAUCGAAGAAGAUGAUUUCAAAAUCACCUGGGAACCUGUUCCAAAACCAAGUGAUUCUGAAAAUAUUCCCAGCAAUUUAAUUCUUCCGAAAUGUAAUGGGCAAUUAACACCAAGCUUCACUACACAAUCGAUUAUUCGACCCGUCGGAGAACAUCGAUGUGUUUGGACAAUCGUGAAUCCAUCAAUAUAUGGAAUAUCUGUGAAGUUGAAGAAUUUUAUCUUGGGUUCGGGUGAAAAUCUGAAUUCUGUCUUGUGUGUUAGUGAAUAUUUGGAAUUUUUUGUCGAUGGAAAAAAGUUAGUUUUUUUUUUAAAUUCAUUGUCGAAACAUUUUUCUGCAGUUAUGGCAAAAAUCGGCUUUGUCGUGAAGAUUACGAAAUACCAGAAACCCUUUUUGACUUCAAAAAAUACAACAAAAUCGAGAUAGUUUACACAUCAAUUGGUGAACCAUCUGAACGGGAUUUUGUGAUUCAAUAUCAAUCGAUAUGUCAAAUUGAAGCAAAAAUCGAUGGACAUUUGAUUUUGAGUCAUCCGAUCAUAGAAUCUAAAGAUGAAUUAGAUUGUACUUAUCGAAUCAAAUCGAAAAAUCGCAAGAAGAAUUUGGUGGUCACUGCUACAAAAAUUGAUAUGCAACUCUGUGAUCAAAAUAACUCUUUGACAAUUGUGAGUUUUAUGUUUUAUGAAGGUGUGCCCGAAUAUUUCGCAAUAAUUCUUGUAAAAAUAUAUUUUCACUCUCCGUCUAUGACUUUGCAGAUGUAAGCGUUGAAAAAAAUAGAGUGGGGAGAGAAGAGAGAUUAGACACUUAGAGUAGUUUUGAAAAUUACACGUACUUCUAACAAAAAAAUCAAAUGUUUUACAGCGAGAUUACCAUCACUGGCAAUCAGAAUCUUUCGACUUCUGCAUAAAUUCUUCUACGAAAAUCUUCGAAAGUGGAUCAUUAAUUCACAUUGAUUUCAAAACAACAACUCCUCAAGUUCAACAUUUCCAAAUCCGAAUUGAGGAAAAAAUUGUGGAUUGCUCAGAUGAAACAUAUAGAUUGACAAAUGACAUUCCAUUCAAGAUAAUCAAUUCGCCAAAUUUUCCGAAUAGCAUCCCACAAGGUUUGAACUGCAAAUAUCCAAUAACAGUUCCACAUGGAAAACGAGUUAUGCUUUCGUUUGAUCCGGAUAAUUUUGAUCUGGCAGUAUCUGGAAAUGGAAGAUAUAUCCUUCCAUCAGAGUAAACUUUUAUUUAAAAAAUUGAGAAAGUUUUUUUUUUAAUUUUCAGUGAUCAUUUGAUGGUCUACGAUGGAAUUUCUGAAAACGAUCGAGUUAUUGGAAAAUAUAAAGGUCACCAUGCUCCAUCAACAAUUUUCUCCACUUCCAAUUCAAUGUUAAUUCUUCUGCAUACUGAACAUGGACCAAUAAGCCAACGAUUUAUUGCAAAUGUAUCGAUUGCAACUUGUGGUGGGACAAUAGUUGUCAAAGAUUCGGAAACGAUUUCCAUCAAAUCACCAGAGUUCCGAGCUGGAAGGAAUAACUCUUGUCAAUGGAAUGUCGUAGGGUUGCACAGUCAUAUGUUGGAUGUUAGGUGGGUUUUCUGAAUGCGAACAUUAUGAAAAUUCACAAUUUGAUCUCAAAAAAUUGGAUAUUUUCAGAGUCAGCAAGUAUGAGAAUCUCGAUUGCAAGAAAGACAAACUUCUCAUCCAUGAUGGAAAUUCAACUGCAGAUCUUUUGCUACCUAUGGUUUGUAAAGUGGACUUGGAAUACGAAACAAGUUUUUCAAGUCAAAUCACAAUUUCAAGCUUUUUGGUAUGAUUUUUCUUUUGAAAACAAAAAAAAACUCUUUACUAUGUAUUCAGGAAAGCCAUGGAAGUUUCGAAAUUUUGGUAAAAUUGAGUGAAAGAGGUUGUGGUGGUGACAUCACCAAUGAUUCUGGUGAAAUCUUUGCUCCAGGUUAUCCAAAUCGUCUUUUGCCACGUGUAAAAUGCGUUUGGAAUCUUCGAGCUGAAAUUGGAUUUGUCUACGAUCUCAAAUUCAAAUUCAUCGACACCACUGAAUAUUCUCCCGAUUGCUAUGGAAAUUUAUGGGUUGGUUGAUAUUUUUUCUGGAAAACAAACAUGAAAACAAAUCAUUUUAUUUUUAGUUGCUGGAACGGUAUGACCCGAUUUCCGUCCUGAAUUCUCAUCGUGGAAAUGGAUUUUGUGUAGAUAAAAGUGUUUUACAAACAUCAACAGAUAGUUCAGUAUUGUUGUAUGAUGAUGAUAUGAGCAGACAUCUUCAAUAUCGACCGGGAAAUUCGGGAACAUUUUCGCCAUUUUUGAUUGAAUAUACAAAGGUAGGAUUGGGAAUGAGAAUUUUUUUCUUUUUUCAAAAGCCUCUAGCUGUCUGAACCCUCUUCACUCUCCCCAUAUAUUCUCUUAUUUUCACACCUGCAAAGUCAUAGACAUAGAGGAGAAAUAUUUUUUGAAAACUUAUUGCGAAAUAUUUUGGAAUCAAAGGAAAAUUAUUUUUUCAGGUUCAAAACAACAAUUGUUCGAAAUUGAUCACCUCCAACUAUUCCUUCAACUCGACAAAUUCUGAAUGCAGUAAGGAUGAAAAUAUUUUUAUUAAAUUUCAAAUCUAUGUUUUUUACAGAAGCAAUUCACUUGAAAAUCAAAAAUUCCGAUGAAAGUUCCACAGUAGUUUUGACAGCUCGUGAUCCUAAAAAUGAAAAAGGAUGGUGUUAUGGAGAAAAUUAUGUUGUUCAGAGUAAGAUUUGUCAAUAUUUUUUAAUGAAAAAUUAAGCCAAACUUUAUUUAAGCGAAUGCUCCGAUUCAAUACUACCAGAAAACGUGUCAAGGAAUGCACCCAUCGCGAACAUUUUUAUUUAUAAAUGAUGAAAUCGAUGUUUUUGCCAAGUUUGGAAAAUUUUAUUUUGAUAUUGUUUAUUAUGGUAGAAUAAUUUUCAAACAAUUUUCAUAAGUCCCAUCAACAAUUUUCAGAUUGCGGUGGACUUAUCAAAUCUCCAAAUUCUGGACAAAUCAUGGGAUCGAAAAAUUCAACAUGUUUAUGGCUUUUGGAAGCUCCGGAAAAUAUGAAAAUCAAAUUAAUCAUCAAGGAAUUGGAGAUUGAACAUUUAUCAAAAGAUUGCAAGACUGGAUUGAAAAUUGGUGAAGGAAAUGAAGCGAAACUCAAUGUUAUUCAAGAUCUAUGCACUUCUCUUGAGAACGAAAGUUUUGAAGUUACUUCAAGAUCUAGACAUCUACAAGUUCAGUGGCAAUGUGAUCUUCAAAAUUGUGAAUUUGUUAUGGAAUAUGAAUUUAUUGGUGCAGAAGAUACUUGUGGUUUUUCAACUUCUGAAAUGGAGGGUGUGAUUCAUCUUGAGAAAUAUGAACCAAAUCAGAAUUGUGUUUGGAAUAUUCAAGUUCCUGAAAUGCAUCAUAUCAAAUUCACAUAUCAAGAGAUGAAUCUAGAAGACUCGAAAAAUUGUGUUGAAGAUCGACUGGAAUUUCAAGAAAAAGUUGAUUCUGAAACUGACACAAAUAUUCAUUGCGGAAAAGGUUUACCAAUCCCACAUGAAACAUCGUCAAAUUUUGCAAUGUUCAAUUUCACUGCCGGUUCUCGAAAUAAUUCAAAUCUUAUCAUAAAAGGAGGAUUCAAAAUCUAUUGGGAAGCAAUCUGUGGACAAGUUUUGACAUCUUCAGAGGGUGUUAUUCACUCCCCAGAUUAUCCGUAUUAUCCAAAUAUUGAUCAAAAGUGUGGAUAUGUUAUCAAAGGAAACACUAUUGAUUUGGAUUUAGAUUUAAUUAAUCUUGGCAUGUCGGAUUAUAUUGAAAUCAUCGAUUCUUCUUUGAAAGUUUUCUUAAAUAUUACUGGUCGUAGUUAUUACUGGGAUAAUAUCGGAACCUCUCAACGAGUUAAAGGUCCAAUAGAAAUAAUAUUCAACAAACAUUUCGUCAAAUAUCGUGAAACUACUAGCCACAAAUCUUUCAAAGGAUUCAAAAUAAAAUAUCAAGUUGUGACAUGGGGUGGAGAGUUGGAUGCCACCAAUUUUAUUGAACAAAUUGAAAGUCCUGAUUUUGAGAAUAUUCAAAAAAUCAAUUAUGAAUGCUUAUGGAAAAUAUAUUCUACUUCCGAAAGAGAUUUUGUAUUAGACAGCGUAGGUUAAAAUUUAUUUAACUGGCAAUUUUUUUAUUUUAUAGUUUGGCCCUUCAUCUCCUGUUCCAAAAGAUUGUGGAAAGAACAUGUUGGAAAUUCUGGAUGAGAAUAAGACAUUGAUCAGAAAAGAAUGUAGCGAAAAAGGUUGGAGUAAAAUGUGAGUUAGGAAACUGUGAAUUAUUUUGGGAGUAAGAAAAUUUCCUAAAAAAUUGAUGGAAAUUAUGAUUCACCUAUCAGUUUUAAGGCUGAAAAUUAUGCUUAUUUUUUUAAUCAUAACCUGAAAUUAUUCCAAUUUUCUUUUUCAAAAGCCUCUAGCUGUCUGAACCCUCUUCGCUCUCCCCAUUAUUUCUCUAAAUUUCACAUCAUAGACACAGAGUAAAAAAAUAUUUUUGAUAAAAUGAUUGCGAAAUUUUAUAUGAAAUAUUGAACGCACUAACCACACUUGGCGAGAGAGUGUCCCAAAAUUUUUGUGCAGCGUGAAAAUUUUUUCAGAAUAAAAAUUGUGAAGCUUGAAACUUUGAAUUUUUUUGAAUAUUUUCAUCAAAAUCCGCUGAAAAUCAAUAACUUUUUCGUGAAAAAAUGUGCAGUGAAAUGAAAAAAAUCUUUAAAAUUUUUAUUAGCUUCCCGCCCAAAUCGAAAUUUUGGUUUGGGCGGGAAUUUUUAUUUGAAAAAUUAUCCUUUUUGGACACGUCUCGUCAGGCGUGGCACUAACUAAAAUAGAAAAUUUCAGAAGAAUUCCUGGCCCGCAAUUCUUCAUAAAAUUCACAAUCAAUGACCCAACAAUUGUCCCAUUCCAACUGAACAUUCUUCCAAUUUUACCCGCAAAUUGUGACCAAGUUUUGAUUGCUUCUACUGACAAUUGGAAUGUGAUAACGCCACCAACAAACCACUCGCUGGCUAUAAAUCAAUGUGUCUGGAGAAUAAAUGCAAAUGCUGAUGAAAAAAUAAGAAUAAAAUAUGGAAAAAAUGGAUGUGGAAAACUCGUUGGAAAAUCGUUGAAAGAAAUUGAGGAUCAGAAGAAAUAUUUGUUUUCAUUGAAUGAGAAAUGCGAUGGAGACAAUGAGGUUGAUGUUGUUAUGGAAGAUAAUCCAUUAUUUUUGGUAUAUCAAGAUAAUCUGCUGAUUAGGAAAGAAUUCAACAUUUCCUAUAUUGCAGUGAAAACAGGUAAAAAACCAGAAACAUUUUUUUCUGAUUUUUAAAAAUCUCAGCUUCUCAAAAUCUCCACCUCAUUGCCACCAAUUCUAUUCAAACCAUCAACUUGAAUUCGACACAAUUACAAUCUCACAGUCAUAAAAUAAAUAUUGAAGAACCGACGAAUCAACCAAUAUAUUUUGAUAUAAAAAUUCAAGGACAGAUUUGUUUGACGAUUUCAAAUCUCGGAAAUCCAAUACAAUGUGAAUAUCGUUUUUGCUCUUCAAAAAAUCAACUUUCUGGCAAAAUCUGCGCGUCUGGUGAAUAUGUUUCAUCAUCAAAUGAUAUUGAUAUCACAACUUUUCCAAAUGGAGCAGAAAAUGAGUUGAACAUCAAAUUUCAUGUUAUUGAUUGUGAGUUUCGAAAUCUGAACCACUUUUUUUUUCAAAAAUCUAACAUUAAAUUUUGCAGUCUGUAAUCGUACAAUAAAUAUUACUCAACAUUUUGCUGGAUCUUUGGAAAGUUCAAAAAAACCUUUUUGUUCUACAAAACUGAUUGGAGAGAGACAAAUGCUUUUGGUUUUCGAGGAACUUCAGAUGAAUUCUACAAGUUGUGAUCUUCAAAUUUUCUCAGGUAAUGGAGAAAAAUUGGAAGCUGAAGUUUGUUCGACAAUGAUUCCAGAUGCAAUUUUGGGCAGUAAUCUUACAGUAAGUCGAAAAAAUCAAUAAAGUUUCUCUACGCCUAUCAUUUUUUUUUUCAUAUUGUCUCAAAAUCCGAAUCAGUUCAAUACAAAGCGUCAUAUUUUUCUGUUUGGAGUCAAGAAAGUGAUCACAUUAUAUUUUUCGAAAACAGCGAUCCACAAGGAAUAAUAAACAGCUUUAAAUUUACACCAAAUAUUAGACAAAGGUCAGUUUUUUCAGAAAUUCCUAAUUGCACAACAUUUUUUUUUCAGAUUUAUGAUAACUCCACAUAACAGAAAACAAUGUACUUUAACUUUUAUGCAUUUCACAAUUCAAAAAUGUGAACCAACAAGUGAGUUUAUUUUUUGAAUUACAGAACAUUAAUUGUAUUUUUCUCUGCGAGAUUUCAGGUUUGACAAUCAAACUACGUUCAAAAAAUGGAGAAAGAAUAAUGGCAUUUUGUGAAUUACCGAAGAACCCAAUAAUAACCGAUGAACCAGAAGGAUUUGAAAUAUAUUUCGAUCCUUCGAUAACUUCAAAUGACGACAGCUUCAGAAUUCAAUGGAAAUGUGAAUAG